UCACUGCUGUGCUUUUGCUGACGAGGAAGGUCCUGACGCCGCUUUGUAGACUGUUCUGUGGUGGGACUGGAGGGACGAGUUCGCCAGAUUUUUGCCUCCAGAAUAUUAUGGCAAAUCAUCUUGUAAAGCCUGAUUCUAGAAAUUGCAAGAGGACAAGAGAAUUGGAGUUUUUUUUCCCUAUUAGUGAGAGAGCAGCAAUAGAUGCAUCUUACAUUGAUGAGAUAGACGGACUCUUUAAAGAAGCAGAUAUUAUUGAAAACUUUCUCAUACAAAAAAGAGAGCUCCUGAGACAGAGGUUUACAGUGAUUGCAAACACACUGCACGGAUAAAAUGUUUAAACUUAAAAUAAGCUGAGGAUUGAAACAUAUUGUUAUAAUAAAAGAAUGACAUGUAUGUUAUGAAGGCUUUCUAGUUGUUAAAAAAAAUGUAGAUCUUAAAGAAGAGGAAACUCCUUGAAUGUUUUUCUAGAUUUAAAAGGGCCUUUAAACUGAACAUUAAUAUGAAGUAUGUAACUUUUCUCUUGAAGGUCAAAUGUUUGGCAUAUUUUACAAAAAUGUAAUUUUUUUAAAUCAUACAUGAAUUCUUUUCUUUCUUCUUUUUCCUAAAACUACAUUACCUUUCUUAAGCUUCUAAAGGAGAAUUCAGUUAAUUUGAUUAUGUGUAACAAUAUUAUACUUUUUCCUUACAGAAUGUUUUGUUUAAAAAGCAAAUAAUUUGGGACAUAAUGUAAAAUUUUUUAUGGCCAGUCAUAUUAAAGAAUAUUAAAGUAUUAAAGGUAAUUUGUUCAAUUUCUAAGUAUGUA